GAAAAAUAAUGGCUUCAUCAUCGUAGUAAAACACCGGUAUAUCGUUUUUAUCUAAACGUAGCAUUCAAAGAGUCAACAGAUCUGAUAAUGUAUGCUCUUAGUUUGACACACAUAUCCGCUACAUAGCUUUAUAACAUUAGCCCGGCAGCUAACUAGCGUAAAUUGACGUUAACGUUGGACGAUGACGGUAAAGAGACAUAAUCGGACAUGUCUCAUACUGCUCGCCAUCUUUUUGCUCGUUUUGAGUGAGCAGCUGGUGCAAACAGCCUCUGAGUAUGAUCCCUACAAAAUCCUCGGGGUCAGCAGGAGUGCCAGUCAAGCAGAAAUCAAAAGGGCAUACAAGAACCUCGCUAAAGAAUGGCAUCCAGAUAAGAACAAAGACCCUAAGGCAGAGGACAUGUUCAUCAAAGUCUCAAAGUCAUAUGAGAUUUUGUCCAAUGAGGAGCGAAGAUCCAACUUUGAUCGCUAUGGACAGAUGGAUGAAAACCAGCCCUUCGGCCAGUCACAGCAUCAAGGUUUCCGCAGCUUCCACAACAGCUUCUACUUUGAUGAGUCUUUUUUCCAUUUCCCCAGGUCCAGGGACUUUGCAGACAGCAAGUACCUGCUUCACCAUGCACAGUUUAACAGCGAUGUCCUUCCAGACAGCCACAAGAGGCCAUACCUCAUCAAAGUGACCUCUGAGUGGUGCUUUGCAUGCAUCCACAUUGAGCCUGUGUGGAAGGAGACAGUGCAGGAGCUGGAGCCGCUGGGUGUGGGCAUUGGCAUUGUGGACUUGGGUUAUGAGCGUCGUCUGGCCAACCAGUUGGGAGCUCACCGCGCCCCUUCCAUCAUCGGGCUGGUGAACGGCAGGGUGACCUUCUUCCAUCAAGCUGUGGUACGAGAGCACCUGCGACAGUUCAUUGAAGACCUGCUGCCCCAGAGGCUGGUGGAAAAGAUCACAGAUAACAACUACCUGCCUUUUCUGGAUAACUGGCCUGCAGAGAAUAAACCCAGCGUUUUCUUGUUUGACCAAGUCCCCAUUGUUCCCCUACUCUACAAGUUAACAGCAUUUGCCUACAGAGACUAUGUUCGUUUCGGCUAUGUGGACCAGGGCGACACACACAACACUCGGCUCCUGCGCCAGUUCAACAUUAACACAUACGCCCCCACCAUGCUGCUGUUUAAGGAGGACACAGAAAAGCCAGUUGACAUUAUCCAGGCCAGAGGGAUGAAGCGGCAGAUCAUGGAUGAAUUUGUCUCCAACAACAAGUUCCUGCAGGUGCCACGGCUGGUCAACCAGCAGCUGUUUGAUGAGCUGUGUCCUGUCAAGCAGUUCCACAGACGAAGGAAGUACUGUGUGCUGCUGAUCACAGGUGAGGAUCAGGCCUUUCUUCCGGGCAAUAAGGCCUUCCUGGACUUCGCCUCAACUAACAGAAAAGAGGUGCUGCGCUUUGCAUACGUUUAUCAGCGUCAACAGCAGCCUCUGUGUCAGGCACUGCUUCAAAACCAGGCUGCGCUCUCACCUCAGGUGGUGAUUCUGGAGAGGCGGAGUCAGGCUGGAAAGGUCCUGUACCGCUCUAUGAGUGGUGGCUGGAAUGGCAGUGAAGAAGACAAGUACCGCCUCCAUGAACAGCUGGAGCUCCUUCAGAAAGACCCCACCUACCUGAGCUCAGAUGCCACCCUGCCAGAACUCAACAACGAGAUGGCCCCCAUAUUUCUCAUUCAGUGGAUGAAUGCGGCGUAUGAUUAUGUCCUUCAAAUAUACGAUGACCUUCUCUACUCAAACUGGCGAGAGAUGAUGCCCAUCCUGUCACUGAUUUUCUCAGCUCUCUUCAUCCUUUUCGGCACCGUCAUCAUUCAGGCCUUCAGUGAGCCAGGUGAGAGCAAACCCCGGCCGUCAAAGCCAAAAGAGCAACCACAAACUCAAGACGAUGCAUCUAGUAGAUCUACUACCUCCAGCCGUCCUCCCAAGAAGGACUUUGUGGAGGUGACAGAGCUGACAGACAUCACGUACACCAGUAACCUGGUUAAGCUGAGGCCUGGACACAUCAAUGUUGUACUGGUGCUCACCAAUGCCUCCAAGAAUGCCUUGCUCAGGAAAUUUGCCAAGGAGGUUUUCUCUUUCUCUGGGACUCAGACCCUCCACUUCUCCUUCCUCAACGCUGACAAGCACCGCCACUGGAUGCCGGCUCUCCUUCGCUCAGCCUCUGAUGUUGCGCAGAACGAGGGCCAUUCAGAUGAGGAUGAGGAGUCUUCAGACUACUCCGGCUUUGUCCUGGCCCUCAACGGCUACAAGAAAUACUUUUGCCUCUUUAGGCCCGUCUUCACAGGGGACGAUCCCGGUGAUGCCUCGUCCACGUCCGAGACCUCAUUCUCCUCUGACAGCAGGAGAAAAUCCCGCUCCAGGUCCAGGUCCAGCUCCCACUCUCGAUCCCGCUCCCAUUCCAGGGAGGACGGGGCGCCCCCCAAGAGAGGCUCCAGCAGGGCCACUAGCAUAGAAGUCCACCACAAGCUUGACAGGCUUGGACUGUGGAUGGAGAGGCUAAUGGAGGGUACCCUACCUAGAUUGCAGGUCCCUGUGUGGCCGUCACUGGUUGAAGCUGCUAAUAGCUCCUCCACAGAAAGCUGAGGUCAAAGUAAGAACGGUGUAUGAAUAGAAGCUUUUACACUUUAUGUUCUUGCCUCCUGAUUAAGUUCUUUAGCAAGAAAACUGCAGACAUGUUGCUGUUUUCUAAGGAUUACUCUAGUUCUCUUUGGCGCUGCUAGGUUUCUGCACUGAACUUUUUGCAGCCUGUUUACAGAUUAUUUUGUCUGUUAGAUAGUGUGGUCACAUGACGACUGAUGGCUCAACGUAGUGUGCUGCCAGUAACCUUUAAAAUGCAUCUCUGUGCAUGUUAAAGAUCUGAGAUGAAUGCUUAUUAAGGCAAAAAAUCUGAGCUGAAUAACGCUGCUUCAUGAAUGUGCAGAGGCAGAAAGAGGAAAACAAUAAAAACAGAUUCUUGUAAUGCAUUCUUUAAAAUGUCAGAGCUGAGCUUUAGCACAUACAUCUCCACUCUCUUCUGAUUGCAGGUCAAGCAAAUCUCUUUCGUUUUACUUUUCAUUGCACAUGUGACCGUUGGAGUGUUUUCACAGCCAACAGACUUGACAUAAUGGUACCAACAUUAGCUGUAGCCUGUGUAUGUGUGUAGUGAUUCCUUUGUAUGUGUGCGCUACAGCUCAACCACCAGUACUUUGUGUUAUUUCCCUCUCUUGUCUCUUAACAUUCAUGAAGUGAACUCAUGCAACUCGAGAUAAGCGCAGGUUUUCUCGCUCAACUUUAGCAGACACGUCAUCAAAGUCAUUCGAACCACCUGGAGCCUCUGAAAUAGUUCAGAGCCCGAACACAUCUUUUACACUUGGCAGUCCUCUAAUCAGGUUUGGCAUUGUUUCCUUCUGUUGGAGUAUUUUUGCUUUAUGUCAUCAGAUCUCCACCUGGACUUUCUUUGGAAGCUGCUUAAUGAGAGUAAAGACUAGAAAACUCAGCUUUUUGCACUGAAUCUAUAGAUAUAUUAUGUUUUUUUAAGGACCCUUCAGUGGAACUCACUUAUCAGCCAUUCAUUAUUGUUAGAUCUGCCUAUACCCCUUUUUAAAAUACAAAGUUUAAACUCAUACAUAAUUAGCAGUUAUAAUACUUAUUUCAUAGAUAGUACCA